AGAGAAACAUAGAUAGAGAGAGAGACAACCGCCCUGAGUCGCCUUCGGGUUGAAAUGGGCAGGAUAGAAAUAAUAAGCAAUGAGCGACGGAGCAGAGGAUUUGUGCGCAGACAGCCUUCCGUUCUUCAUUUCCCCAAAGAAGAAGAAGAAGAAGAAAAGGAAAUUGGAGGAAUUGAAUGGAGAGGAAGAAGCAGAAGAGCGUUGGGUGAAUCCUGCUGAAGAUGCAGAGAAUGAUCAGACAUCCAAGAGGAAGAAGGACUCCCAAUGGGUCGUCAAAGAAAGCGACUUAGAGAGCGAAAUGGGAAUACAUCCCAAGAGAAAGAAAAAGAAGACGCACCGAUCAAAGGAACAAGACAUUGAGCAUAUAGUCCCGGAAACACCAGAAGAAAUCUUGGAUCAUUUGGAAGAUGCGAAUUGUGAAGUUCGUCCCAAGAAGAAGAAAAAGAAAGCAGCAAAAGAAUCAUUAGAAGACGGCGAAGGCCUUUCCAUAGACAAGGUUGGCUUUGCAAAGGAUGCAAAGGAACUUGUUAUACCUUCAGACAUUGAAGACGUUUUGCAGAAUGGGGCGGAAACCACGCUUUCUGCACCAAGGAAACCCCACAAAAAGCUUAAGAAGCAUAAAAAGCAUCGAUCUUCUUCCCCCAAUGCAUUUAACGACAACCCAGAAAUGGCUAAAGAUGGAGAACAGGACCAGUCCGAGCGACAUCCUGCUGCAUCUCUAGGUAAACAAGGCCCUCUUCCUCCGUCCUCGGAGCCUCUGGAGCUGGACAACGAGUUCUUUGAUUCUCCGGACGUUGUAUCGCCGGACCUGGAGAGCCUCACUCGGGAGCUGGAGGAGUUCAUUCCGGACAUCCGGCGGCGCCCCGAAGAGUUCAUCCGCCAACUGGCACGCAGGGAUCUCCUCCGCUUCAGGAACUUCAAGAAGCAAGGGAUUGCGUUGAAGUUUGGGAAGUUUUCCCGGGGGGAGAAUGCACUGCUGCGCCGGAACGUGGAGGCCUUUCUGGAGGAGAGCGGCAUCGACUCCGCUGAGAAGCUGCUCUUCACCCACCGCUUCCCCGAAGAGAAGGACGCCCUCAAGAAGCUCAAGGCACGGCAUUUGUUCGGACUCAAGAUCGCACAAGGCAUUCCUCGGCCCUGGAGGCUCGUCUAUUACCGAGCGAGGAAGAUGUUUGACCCUCAGAAUUACGUGGGAAGGUAUUCCGCGGAGGAGCUGCACCAAAUCAAGAAAUACCAGGCCCAGUUUGGCAACAACUGGAAGAAGAUGUCUGAGCUGAUGGGGCGCAGCAGCCAUUCGCUCGAGUUGAAGUAUUACGACAUGAUCGCAGAGUUCAAUACAGGCCCCUGGACCAAAGAGGAAACCCAGAAGCUGAUCGGGAUCGUGAAGGGCUACCUGGAGGCCAAAGCUGACCCGGCCAAAAAAGAAGGCCCUUUGAUGCUGCGCCGAGAAAACCUCUACAAGGGUAUCCCAUGGUUCCGGGUGCAGGAGCAGAUGGGCAGCCGGUGGUGGAAGCAGUGCAAGGAAAAGUGGCUGUCCCUGAUCACCAAGAAGAUGUCUGGGGGGAAGUUGCGGAACCAUGGCCUCGAGAGCCUCAAGUUCAGGAUCGAGCUCAUCGAAAGAUUAUAUGACCUGAAUGUUGAGGAUGUUGAGGACAUCGACUGGGAGGACCUCUCCCACCUCAUUGGGAAUGUCCCUCCGGAUUACACCAAAAGCCGUUUCUACCUGGUCAGGACCUUAUACGUCCCUUUUUGGACCCAGAAGGGCUUCUCCGAGGCCAUCGACCACCUUUACACAGAAACUUUGCCGAAGCUCAAGGCCCAAUUGGAAAGGAAGAAGAACAUUCCGGAAAUGGAGGAGCGGAGCUGGAAGAGCACCUUCCGCUUCAGCGACAUCUUCCCGGAAGAGGAAGAGGUGGAAGAGGAGGAAGAGGAAGGAAGCAUCUUUGAAGAAGAGGAAGAGCCACCCAGAGAAGCCCAUUCGGAGACCCAGGGCAAGGCUUCGGAUCCGUCGGGCAUUCCAUAAUAUUGGGAAAGAACCCUUGUUUACAUCAGGAAUCACACACACACAUACAUAUAUGAUCAUUUAUAUAUACACAUAUUUCAUCCCAUGAACAAUUCUACAAGCGUUUGAGAAGUAAGGAUGAAUAUAUCAGUAAAGAGAACUAUUACACACACACACAUAUAUGUGUGUGUGUGAAUUAUAUUUGUGU